ACUGAAACAGGGGGACAUCACCGGAGACCUCAUAAUAAUGCGAGACACCAGAAAGACGGAGCUCAGAACCGACAGCCAUUGGAAAAAAAACGAAGGGAUGCUUCGUUCGCGAUGAUCGUCACAAGGAUGUGAACGCUAACAAAACAUUCAACAGAUCUUCAGGCUGUCCUCGGCAACAUCCGAAAAGCCCCUAAUGUGUUAUCUCCCACCUGGUUGCUGUCACCAUGCCUGUCUCUCCACCUCCCGGACCGGGCAAUAACUCUAGCACGGUGCCCUGGGACCCUGGCGCACCACUGUCACCCUCUCUAAUAAACAGCACGGUGAAAAUGGUGCUCAUCUCUUUAAUCGUGUGCACCUCGCUUUUUGGAAACGUAGUGGUGCUGUUGGUGUUUCAGCGCAAGCCGCAGCUACUCCACGUCGCUAAUCGUUUUGUGCUCAACCUGCUUUUGGCCGACCUGCUGCAGACGGUGCUGGUCAUGCCCUUUGCCAUCGCCGCCACUGUGCCCGACGUCUGGCCCUUGGAUGCCCGUCUGUGCCAGGCACUUGUGGUUCUCAUGCACCUGUUUGCAUUCGCCGGCGUCAACACCAUCAUCGUGGUGUCCGUGGACCGUUACCUCGCCAUCAUUCACCCACUGUCGUACCCAACCCGCAUGACGCCCCAUCUGGGCACCAACCUGAUCGCUCUGACGUGGCUCUUCAGCCUGCUCCAGAGCACGCCGCCACUGUACGGAUGGGGGGCCAUCGAGUUCGACCGUCGCCACAAUGCCUGCACCGUGGUGUGGUCCUCAAGCUACUCAUAUUCGGCCCUGGUGUCAGCGCUCUCGUUUUGGCUGCCCGUGGCAAUCAUGCUUUGCUGCUACUGGAUGGUGUUCAGAGCCGCCAGGAGACAGAAUGCCCUCGUUCACCCCAUCCAGUCUAAUCCCCCUCCACAUUCCCAGGCACCCUGUUCUAGUCCUCAAAGACAGCAGGCACAACCAGAGGGACCCUUUUCGGCCUCCUACCCGAUCAGGACUCGGCACAGACGCUUUCAUUAUCACUGCAAGGCGGCACGGGUGGUGUUUGUCAUCAUGGCAUCUUACGUGCUCAGCAUGGGUCCUUACAGUGUUCUGAGCACUAUAUCCAUUUACUCUAGCGAAUCCGUGCCACCCUGGUUGACCUCCACGGCUCUCAUUCUCUUUUUCCUCCAGUGCUGCUUACACCCCUACAUCUACGGCUACAUGCACCGCAGCGUACGCAAGGAGUUCCUGGCGCUGCUCUGCGGGCCGCUGUGCGGACAGGCACGUAUCAGUCAAGGCUCUGCUGUGGACAGCUGCUUCACAGUGACGGAUGGGCGACUGCCGCACGCCCACCUGUCGAGCCAGGCUGCCCGCGUGUGCCCUCUCCGCACCUGGGAGGAAGGGACCACCAGCUCUUCUCCAACAGAGAGGAGGUCUAAAGACAGCCGUAAGGAGACCACCUCCAUCAGUCUGAGCUCAGAGAAGGAGCUUACUGUUCACAGCAACAAACAAUCUGAGUGA